AACCUCCCAAGUUACAAGACUACUCUGAAAAUGUCUCUCCUGCUGGAAGUAACACUCCAUUGCAGGAGCAGAAUAUAGACAUGGAGACAGAGGACACAGAAAGCUCUGAUAACAGAAUUGAGCGUAUUUCUCCAGAUCUUUUUAUGGAGAAUGCAGAAUCCAGUACUGAGACUUUUACACAGAAUAGUGAAGAUAUAGGUGAAGUGAUUGAGCAAAGAGAAAGCUCUCACUGCAGUACUGAGAUUACUUUGCAAACGACUGAAGAUGAACAGGAAGUAAUAGAAGAAGUAGAAGGUUCUGAAACCUCUACAUCCAGUACUGAAAGCAUUACCCAAGAUAGUAUAGCUGAAGAGCAAGUGAUAGAGGAAAGAAAAUCCUCUGAUAGCAGCAGUACUGAGAGUGUAUUAGAGAAACCUUCCAAUGAAUCCUUUGGUAAAAGAACUAAAGUAUUGGAAAUUUUGGUCCAAGAAGUGGUUGAGACAACAGGUACUGCUAAGCCACUAGAGCCUCCAAAAAGGGCCAUUCCGGUCUUCUCAGCUUUAAGAGGCUAUGACCCAUUGCAGAGGCUAAAGCUCCAGGAGAGCAAGGUUGGUGCAGUUUUCUUGCUUUUCUUAAAGGCUAUAUUUGAUUUCCUUUUUAGUGCUUACUAUAAAUAGCCUGUAGGGUAUGCUGUUUCUUAGGGACACGUAAUCUUUAUGCUCAGUAUAUAUAUAUAGAUACUAAUGGGACUAUUACGUUCUUGGCAGCUAGGUAAGUUAUUAUAUUUAUAUAUCUAUUUUUAUAAUUACAGGAAAUGAGUGGCAAACAGCCUGAUUUACUGUCAACAGGAACCAAUA